GCGUAGGAAAAUGGCGGCGCGCGCCUCCCGUCUGCUGGCUUCGCUUCCGAUAUCUUGAGUGCGUGUUGUGCGCGAACGUCGGCGGUGCCCGUGGAAGUGUGCCUUUUGGCGGUGAAUAAACCCCCACGCUGUGGUCCUCGCUUGUGGAUUACGCUCUCGUCUCGACGACGACUCGGCCCCGCUUUGGAUUUGACGUCUGCUUGUCGCGCGACGAAGACAUGGGCGGCCGCCGGCACUACUCUGCACGGUAGCCAAGGGAGCCCUCGCCUAACGUAAACACGGGGGCAACGGGGUGCCCCGCCGAGGAGCAGCCAUGUUUCCCUGGAAGAAGGCCAAGGACAAGGAGGACAAGUCCAAGCGGCGGGGAGGCGGCGGCGACGACAAGAAGUCUUCGGGAAAGCUGUCCGGCAGCGAGGUCCGCCGGCGGAACCUGGUCAUCUCCGGGCCGAUCCCGGCGCCGGGCAGCGGGCUCGUGUCGCCGCUCGCCGAAGAGGAGGACUUCUCCGACCACAGCGGCAGCGGGGGCACCCUGCCCCACGACUCCUCCUCCUCGCCCGUGCAGCAGGACGGCGGCGGCCACCACAAGAGGCCCCCGCCGGUACCGCCCAAGAAGCCGGCGGUGGCCCGGACCCUGAGCGUGCCCAAGUCUAAGCCCCCGGACAGGCCCGCGCCGCGGUCGACCAGUUUGACGGCUCAGCCUCUGGUGGACGCCUUCAAGACGGCGGUGCGUAACGGGCACCCGCCGGCAGAGGUCGAGUACGGCGAACUUCAGCACCGCUUCGCGGCCAUCCGGAGGGCCUCGUCGUCGGGUCCCGGACAGGCGGUGCGCAGCUGGCCCCUGCCCCCGAUCCGCACGGCGGCCCGGUGCCCGCAGCCGCGCGUGCUGAGCGUGGCGCGGCAGCCGUCGGGCGACUUCGGCUUCUCGCUGCGCCGCUCGGCCCUCUCCGACGGCCUGGCCGCGGGCGAGGAGCGCCGGCGCACCUUGAUGUUCGCCGAGCCGAGCACGCUGCCCGGCGGCGGCAGCAGCAGCGUGACGGGCCUGCUGCCGGGCGACCGGCUGCUCGAGGUGAACGGCGUCAGCGUGGACGACCGGUCGCGCGAGGAGGUCAUCGAGAUGGUGCGCUCCUCCGGCGACCGCGUGCUGCUCAAGGUCCAGCCGCUGCCCGAGCUGUGCGAGAUCGUGGCCCGCGUGGCCGGGGUGCAGGGGGCCGCCCUCGGAGGCGGAGGGGGCAGCAACCGGACCCUGUCCCGCACGGGCAGCCGCCGACACAAGGCACUCGGGGCCAAGACAGACGAGGAGAUAGCAGCGGAACGGCUCUGGAUGAAGUCUGAGAAGGUGUGGGUCCUGUUCAAGGGUGGCUACACGGGUGCAUCCUUGGUGACUGGCACUUCACCCUCGACGACUGAAGAGGAAGGAAAGUUGCGGGUCCGCCUGGACGCCACGGGCGAAGUGGUCCUGGUGGACGAGGAUGAUGUUGAGAAGGCGAAUCCUCCCGAGCUGGACUUUGUGGAGGACCUUGGCCAGCUGCGGCAGCUCAACGAGGCCGGCAUGGUGCACGUCCUGCGGGAGCGCUUUGCCUCGGGACUCGUGCACACCUACGCAGGCUCGGGUCUGCUCCUCUUCAACGCACAGCGGCCACUGGCCAUCUACUCUGACAAGGUGAUGCGGCUGUUCCAAAGCUGCAAGGCAGAUGACCUGCCACCGCACGUGUUUGCGGUGGCCCAGAGCGCACACUCGGCCCUGGUGGCGACGAGGCGCGACCAGACGGUGCUCUUCCUGGGGCGCAGUGGCUCGGGCCAGAGUGCAGCUGCCCGACAAGUGCUGCAGUAUCUGAGCAUCACGACAGCGUCCACACCCGCCGCGGGGAAUGCCCUUGCUGAGAAGCUGACUGCUGCAGCCGCCCUGCUCGAGUCCUUUGGCAACAGCCGCACGGCAGCCAAUGCCAAUGCAUCGCGCUUCACCCAGCUUUUCUCGCUCGACUUCGACCACAUGGGGCAGGUGGUUGCUGCCUCCGUCCAGGCACUCAUGCUGGAGCGGUCACGGGUGUCUCGGAGGCCCGAAGGCGAGCCAAACUUCCACAUUUUCUACUAUCUGCUGGCCGGUGGGGGAGAGGCACUCAGGAAAGAGCUGUACUUGGACAAUCUGGAGGAGCCCAAUCUUUUUGUCACCCCCCUUAGGAAGCCCGACGACCAGAAGAAGGCGCGCAUAAUGUGGGAGCUGGUCCAGGGCUCCCUGCAGACGCUGGGGAUACGGGACUCCGAGAGUCGCGUCUUGUGGACGGUGCUGGCUGCCAUUGUUCAUCUGGGCCAUGCUGGAGCCCUGCGCAGUGCAAAUGGGCGAGCGCAGUUUGCACGAGCAGCAAGUGCCCAGCGAGCAUCCCUUCUGCUCGGCACGUCGGUCGAGGACCUCUCCAAGGCAGCCCUCGACUCCCCACUGCUGACGGCAGCAGGCAACAGCCGAGGGCCUGCACGAGGAGACGCAGCAGGAGAUCCUGCAGAGCCUCUGCAAGACUUUGUGGCCUCCUUGUACCAAGAAGUGUUCAAUGCAGUGGUGUCGCUUGUUAACCGUGCACUCGGUGGCUCCGGCAGAAGUGUAGCCGCAGUGCAGGUUCUGGACUGCCCUGGAUUCCAGCCCCAGAGUGGCACUGGUGCAGGAGGCAGUGCAGCAGCCACUCUCGAAGAGCUCUGCCACAACUACAUCCAGGAGCGGCUGCAGCUGCUCUUUCACCAGUGGACGUUCCUCAAUCAGCAGGAGCGAUAUGACCAGGAGGCAGUGGUCCUGGAGACAGAAGAGUUUGGUGAGGUGCCAUCACCAGCUCCAUUGGUGUCCCUUCUAGACCGCAGCCCGCCCCAGUCGGGUCCCUUGCGUGCCUCGACAACCGACCUGCGGCACAGUGCCGGUCAGCAGGGCCAGUCGUGCGGCCUGCUACAGCUGCUGGACGACGAGUGCCUGUACCCAGGCAACACUGACCAGGCCUUCCUUGACAAGCUCCUCCACAUGGCAGCCUCUGCGCAUCCCCGGGAGCACCAGUCGCUGUUGGAGCGAGGAGCCCGUCCAGGGGAGUUCACCGUCUUUCAUCAGAUGGGGUCGCUUCCGGUGACGUACUGCUGCAAGGGCUGGCUGAAGGCGAGCCGAGAGACGCCAUCAUUCCGCCAGGCACCGCUGCUGUUGCAAGAGUCACAGAAGGAGCCCGUGAGCCAGCUGUUCUCGUCGGCUCGAGGCAUGCUGCCUCCAGUGGGCCCCGGGGGCAGCCUGACAGCCGAGGGAAACAACACGUCGUCCCUGCGCCGGACGUCCAGCAUGCGGCGCGCCCAGUCAGUGGCCGGUGCCAAGCGGCGCUCGCUACCUCUCCAGGUCAAGCACACCACCGACAGUCUGCUGGAGGUGGUCCGUCGCACUCGCCUCCAUUUUGUUCACUGCCUGGUGCCCUGCGAGAAGUCUGCUGGGGGAACCACUGAUGCUGGAGACGGUGGGGAGCCUCGCUUUGACGUCGACCUGGUCCGGUCCCAGCUCAAAGGGGCCCAAAUCUUGGAUGCCGUGCGUGUCCGCAAGCAGGGCUUUCCAGAGAAUCUUCUCUACUUGGAGUUCCGGAGACGUUACAGCCUGCUGGCAUCUCCAGACGCCCGUCCUGUCAAUGGGGAUUCCGGAGAUGAGCGGGCAGCCACAGAAGCACUGCUCCAACAGUUGGACCUGGAACCAAGUGGUUACCGGCUUGGUCUCAGUCAGAUCUUUCUGCGUGCGGGCACCCUGUCCCUCUUGGAGUCUCAGCGGGAGGAGAAGCUGGCCGAGGGUUUGAUUCACCUGCAGGCACACCUCAGGGGAUACCUGGCCCGCAAGCGUUUCCAGCAGCGCAAGGUCCAAGAGCUGGCCAUCUGCUGCAUACAGAGGAAUGUGCGCAAGUUCCUCGAGAUACGUGACUGGCCCUGGUGGCGCCUUUUCAUCAAGAUUGCACCCGUGCUCAAUGUACAGCGCACCGAGCAGGAGCUGCGUCUCAGCAGGGAGGAAGUGGAGCAGCUCAAGGCCAAGGUUGACAAGCUCGAGAAGGAGCGCUCCGAGCUCAAGCAGGGCCACGACCUUCUCGAGGCCAAGGUCAGCGACCUCUGGACCGACCUGGGCCAAGAGCAGGCGGCGUCGGCGCAAGCGGCCGAGAUGCUGGAGGCCGAGACGGCCGAGCGGCUGCGACUCGACAAGGAGGUGCGCGAACUACAGGCGCGCUGUUCGCAACUGCAGCAGCAGAAGGACCGCAUGGAGAUGGAGGCCAUGGAAAGCCGCAUGCUACGCUCCGCCGACCUCAACGGGGAGGUCUCGGACGAGGACGACGCCUCGGCCGCCGGGUCCAUCUACAAGCAGAAGUACGAGCGUGCCCUACGCGAGGCCGAGAUGAACAAGCGCCAGAUGAGCCAGCAGCACGAGGACGACCUGGAGAAGCAGAUGAUGGCGAGGAAGGCGACCGAGAAGAGGCUGAGCGAGGCACUUACCGACCUGGACGAAGGGCGCCAGGCCAUCAACCAAUGGAAGCGCAAGGCGCAGAAGCUCAGCGCCGAACUGCAGGACCUCAAGCUGCUCGUUGAGGAGCACAUGGCACGCAACGCUGAGCUCGAGAAGAAGCAGCGAAAGUUCGACAGCGAGCUGGGCCAGGCGUCGGACGGCCUGAAGCAGGAGCGCCAGCAGCGCGAGAAGCUCCAGCGCGAGCGGGACCUGCUGUGCGCCGAGAAGCAGGCGCUCGAGCAGCAGCUCAUGUGCUGCCGCACCGAGCUUGAUGCGCAGCACGACCGCGUCAACUCGCUGCGCCGGGAACUCGACGAGCUCAGCUUUAGCACGCACGCCGAGGAAGAGGUUGCAAAGCUGAAGCGCGCCAAGCAGGAGCUGGAUCGCAAGAGCCGCGACCAGGAGGAGGAGUUGGAGGACCUUGCCGCCCAGGUGACCAUGCUGGAGCAGUCCAAGCUACGGCUCGAGAUGGCCCUGGAGAAGGCCCGGCAGGAGCACCGCCGGGAGCUGUCGCAGCGCGACGAAGAGGCCGAUGAAGCGCGUGCAGCCGCCACCAAGAAGCUGCGCAACAUGGAGGCCCUGCUGGAGUCCGAGCAGGAGGAACGGCAGUGCCUGCAGCGGCAACGCCAGGAGCUAGAGCGGCGGCUGGCUGAGCUGAGCGAGCGACCGCCGCCCCGCGACCCACAGGUGGAGCGACGACUGCGCAGGGACUUGCGGCGCACGAGGGCACUCCUGCAGGACGCCCAGGUCAUGCUGGACUCGGCGCGCAAUGGACAGGCGGCACGAUCCAUGCUCAGGCAGCUCAAGAACCAGUUGGAAGAUGCCGAGUUUGCCAAGAGUGCCGCCGUCAAGGCUCGCCAGGGUGCGGAGGCAGAGCUGGAAGAAGUGCAGUCACAGCUUGAGGAAGUUCUACGCACAAAGAACGAGGCGGAAUCCAGAUGCUUGCAGUUGGCGCGUGAGAAGGGAGCCCUGCAGGUGCAACUGGAGGAGAUGGAAGAAGAGCAAGCCGAGCUCAUGAAGAAGUACAAAGCUGCCGUGCAGCAGAUGCAAAAUGACCAGAAAUUAAUGACUGAACAGACACAGCAAAUCCUCGACUUGGAGUCUGAGAAGCACCACCUUAAGGAACAAGUUCAGGACCUUAGCUCCAAGAUGGACCACCUGGCCAGCCAGGCAGAAGACUCGCAUGCCGUGCGACGCCUCGAGGCCAAGGUGCGCGAGUUGGAGUCAAGGCUCGAGCUAGAACAGACAGCCAAGAGCAGGCUAGAGAGCCAGGUGCAGCGCCUGAAGGAACAGUGCAACCGGCUGCAGGAGGAGUCCGAGCAGGCGAUCCACAAGGAGCAGCAGAGCCUGGAGAGCUGCCGCAAGCUGCAGCGACAAAUGCGCGAGCUGCGCGAGGACUGCACCGCGCUGCAGCACCGUGAGGCCGAGGCCCAGCAGCGCUGCCACGAGCUCGAGAUGUCGCUCGAGAACGCCGAGAUGGACCUGCAGGGCACCAAGCAGGACCUCAAGCUGGCCUGCCAGCGCAUCCAGGACCUGCAGGCAGCGCUCGAGGAAGACCUGGACUCCGGCACCGACGUGGCCGAAGACAGUGAUUCGGACAGCGACAACGAUGUGGACAUUGACACACUCCUCCGGAGGCAUGGCCUGGGCAGCCAGUCACGCAUGUCCUCAGUGGGGGACAUGUCUCCGCUGCCGGUGACCGGCGGCAGCAGCCGCCGCAGUUCGGCUGCCGUGUCACUCAGUAGAUCGAAUGAGAGUCCCAUCUCUGGACUGUCAUCUGUGAGCCCCGAGCUUGAGCUGGCCGACUCUGGCAGUGGUCGAACAACCUCUUACAAGGAUGACCAGCUCGUGGACGUGUGAUGUUGCGCCGCAAGUGCUACUGCCGCAUUCUGGUGGGAACGAGGCGGAACGGCCGCUGGACCCUGGCAGACUGUCGUAAAGUGCAGUGCACAUUACCAUAACUGGACCACCGAUGUUCCUGAAUAUGUUUUUUUUUGUUCCUUUCAUCCCUAGCGACGUACACAAUGUUGCGACACGAGUGCCAACCACUCUAUGGCCAGUCCUUGCCACAGUUGACUUACCCCGCUGUGAUGUUCCCCGAUCGUCUCGUUGCCUCAUUUUUCAAUUGCCCACCUACCUUGAGGUCGGCUUGGUUCACUUAGCCGAUGUCGUUCCCGUUCACAUUUUUUGUUGUUGCUCGAGGAAAAUGCAUUCCUCAGACUUGCUGCUCAUCUUUUGCACCAAGUCUUCUAGGAGUGUAACUUUUGAAGACGACUUAGCAGGUAGCGAAUGAGACCGACAUUGAAGCCAAAGGUGUGGCGCUUUCUUUUUUUCUUGAGUAACUUAAAGUGCAGUUACAAAACCAAGUUCUGUUCUGUGUGAAGUCCUAAUCUCUCCCGCUGAGACCUUGCUAGUUAUGAGAUCUGCAGCACAGUACUUCCUGAAGAAUAGAACAGGUAUUGUACCGCAGAGCAGGCUUUGUCGCACAUGCAGGGUUCCGCAAUAAACUGCAGUGAGCAGAGUCCUGGUAAAUAAGCUAGGGUCUGCAUACUUAACAUGCUGGCAUGGUCUGCACGGCACAUCAAGCACGCGAGCACACCACAGAGCAUGUGCUCCGAUGAGCAAAGGUGGGAAGGCCACAUGCCACGGCAUAUUACUGCAAAGAGAUGACGCCUUGCUUCUUAAUUGGAAUGUGCAACGGCUGUCGGCGUUUGCUGCAAAUCUUUGGUGCAAAUGUGAGAAUUAUUAAGCCUCAAGUUUACCACUGAUGGUAGAUUUCAUGGAGUUACUCGAGUUCUGCCGGUAUGAGAGACGCUAUACACUGAGGUGAACGAGUAUAAGUCUGUACACCUAACUGGCCACCACUGAAGCAAUCACUAGACCAGUUACCAGGGUCAAGUAUGGAACGCAUAUUCGCACAAGCAAUUUCCUGGCAAAAUAUAUUUAUCGAUAUAUAUAUAUUGCCAGGUUCUUUUGUAUACACCAGAAUGUUUUUUGCUGGAGCCUUGUUUCUGGUUGCCUUUGGCUUUGCUCUAUGACAUGCAAAGCCAUGCCACUGCAGUUUUUCUUAUCUCGCCCUUGCCUGGCACAUGUUCGUGGCUUUAAUCGGACAUACCAGCAAGUGCCUUGCUUUUUUAGACAAAGUUUUUCAUGGAUAUUGCCUGCUUUUUGGCCAAGACUUGAUGCCUCUUUUCGCUAGCUUCAUAUACAAAGCAAUGUCGAGAACAGCGCAUACCUUAGAGUUGAAUUUUGUACACUUUAUUCACCCACUUGGCCGCAAUGUUCAUUUUGACCAGUGUAAAAAAACGCUUGCACCAGUUGCAUUUUAUGUGCGAGCUUUACCAGUGAAAUGAACUGCUCAAAGCUCAGUGAAUUUGUUUAUUGAUGCUAUUCGAGAAUUCUGAUGUUUGUUAAUGAAAGAUAAAUAGGUUUAUGUCUAUGUAAAGGUUUAUGUUUAUUUCUACAACAUAGCAAAGUUGUUGCAUUUUAUUGUUGGUUCCUUUUAAAAUUAUGAGCAUAAAGAAAAGACGAAAUAUAGGUGUAUGCAGAACCUGUCGCCACUCAGAUUAGCAGGCUUUCUCUCUUCCUUUUUUUUAUUGUUCUGAAACCUAACAUUAUUGUUUAUAAUCUGUUCUGAAACUUAUGGCCUUGUAUAUUAUCUUCGGAACAUGCCUAUAAUUUAUACCAUCAUGCUAAUGUCACUUAAUUUUUUUUUACUGUUUUGCAUCAAGAUGGCUUACUACCUAGGCACUCCAAUUGACUUUAUUGGUGCCAUUGGUUAAUAAGUUUUGUGUGUUCUGGCUAAACUAUCACAGAUAAUUUUGGUGUCACUAGUUUGACGGCACGUUUGUGUUCUGCUACUUAGGUUUCAUGACAUCUCUACAAAACACUAUUACUUUCCCAAUUUAUUUACUUUUUUUUUAAUUUGGAAGUGGACAGGGCAAUGAUUGCAACUUGGAGUCGCUGUGUUGCACUUAGGCAAUUUACUGUGGCGCACACAGCAGUGAGUGUUGAUGACCUAGAGUGUUGUAUACACCCCUUUUUGGGCCCCACCCUUUGAGAUACGUACAAGAACAUACUAUAGCUGUAAAUGUAUGUAUAAUUCUGUAAUUAUGCUGGAAACAGGCGUGAAAUGUUUGGUCGAAAGCCGAUGACAGUGGUGUUUGUAUGUCCCCUAUGUGUGAGUGCUUGUGAAAUAAAGAGAAAUUACAAAUA